CUUACGUGAAUGAGAGCGAGACAGACGGACAGACAGACGGUAAUCUUUCCCGUGUUAGUGCGAACUAAAUGUAACAUCGCAACUGUCUCCGUUUUGUUAAAACAAGUUAUUCAUAUUUCCAGUGGCUCGUAAAAGACAUGGACAUUCUCUAGAAGUAUCAGAACAAAAGAGUCCCGGAGAAGGACUGCUUCGAAAGGUAACGAUAUUCCGAUCGAAGUGUUCUCGAGGAUUACCCAGAGUGCCGCUACCGGAGACAUCGGGUCUUACAUAAAACGAAUGGGUCAUCUAAACGUCGGCCAUGAAAAUGGUUAUAUAUACUUUGCUAUUUUUAUCGUUUUCCUAAAUAACAAUUAGCAUUUCAUGUGGAGUAGCAGAAAAUGGAUUCUGGGAUUCAAAAUCACACCGAACAUUAUGUGCACGACCUCUCUAACCCGACCGCACCGGGUUUGUGUGCAGAAAUGCUCGGGGUGGCGGACGAGGCAUGCCGGGCUGGAGACUUCGAUCUGGCCGCGGAUAUCUAUUCCUCUCAGCUAGCCGAGCUCGAGCACACCGACCGUGGUCUCUGUCUGCGGAAAGCUGAUGCCCUGGCCCGUGGGGGACGCAUAGGCGAUGCGUUGGAUUCGUACUGCAUCGCUGCAAACCUUCAGGCACUGAGUCCCAAUGAACUGCAGGUUUUAGUUGAAGUCAUAGCGCAUAAGAUACGUACGAAAGAGCAGUGUGACAGUAAUACAAUAAACGUGGAUUGUAACACCGAAAACAGAUGUUUUGAGAGUGACGAGUUAGAGGAAGAGCAGAACUUAGAUUUGUUUUCAUGUCGCCUUUGCAAGUGCUUGUUAACGGAGCCGACGUCUUUGGUGUGUGGACACACUUUCUGUAAGCGCUGUGUGGAAGAUGAUUUAGCUAAAGAGUGCAGAAGCUGUCGUUUAAAAACGAACAAAACACCAAGAGAAUUAAAUGUGGACGGACUCAGAAUAAAUGUUAUUGUCAGUGGUUUGAUUGACAAAUGGUUCAAAUCAGAAAGCAAAGCGAGACGAUACUGGUUGGAGGGGGAAUGUCUUUGGAAAAAACAGGACUUAUCCAACGCCAUAUCGAAGUUCAACAAGGCGAUGGAACUAGAGCCCUCUAUAUGUUGGCUUCUUGCUCGGCGGGCAGAGCUGCUUUUGGAAAUGAAGAAUUUCAGUCAAGCAAUCAAGGAUGCAGACACCUUGUGCCAACUCCGUCCCUUGUGGCCAAAGGUAGGAAUCUGUGUAAAGAUGAAUCUAUACAAAGCAUUGUUUUAAAACCUCAUAAGAUUA